AUUCUGUAGAAAAUGGCGGUCGCUUGUCGGAGAGCGUUUUCUCUCACCAAACUUUUCCAGAGUUGUAGACCAGGCCAGGCUUUGAGCGCGAGGUUCGCCUCUGCUCGUCAAUGGCAGCAAGACAAGGAAGAACUGGAGCCUCUAAAGUUACCCGGGCCACUCGCCGAGUACACAGGAAACGUUCUCUACCCGAACGAAGAAUCAGAAAAAUGGGAUAUCGACGAACCGGUGCCCGAUAAACCCGUUCAGAACUUUACAGUCAACUUCGGUCCUCAACAUCCAGCCGCUCACGGCGUCCUACGACUCGUCGCCGAGCUUUCAGGCGAGGUGGUGCAGAGGUGUGACCCGCACAUCGGGCUCCUACAUUGCGGCACAGAGAAGCUAAUCGAGUAUAAGACAUACAUGCAGGCGCUUCCGUAUUUCGACCGACUCGAUUACGUCUCCAUGAUGUGCAACGAGCAAGCCUUCUCAUUGGCCGUCGAGCGGCUCCUCAAUAUCGACAUCCCAGUGAGAGCCAAGUUUAUCCAAGUUCUGUUUGCCGAGAUUACUCGACUGCUCAACCACAUCAUGGCAGUCACCACGCAUGCGCUCGAUGUUGGUGCGAUGACUCCAUUUUUCUGGAUGUUUGAAGAGAGAGAAAAGGGAUUGAAUGUCGAUGAUGUGAACGUUCCAGUGAUUUGUGGCCAUUCAGGAGUGACAAUCAUUCCUCUACUUUCGCAGACGACCCCGUCUGUAUCCUUUAGUCAAGAUGAUAUUGAAAAGCUAACACAACGAAUACAAAAUGCUGGAACUGAAGUUGUCAACGCGAAAGCUGGAACAGGUUCAGCAACACUAAGUAUGGCAUAUGCAGGAGCUAGAUUUGUGUACUCACUGUUUGAGGCAAUGAAGGGCAAGGAUGUUGUAGAGUGUGCGUAUGUCAAGUCAGACGUGGCUGAUUCACCUUACUUUGCUACACCCAUUAGACUUGGACCAAAUGGAAUCGAAGAAAAUUUGGGGACAGAGAAAUUAUCAGACUACGAGCGGCAAAAACUACAAGAAUCGAUCACCAAACUACGAGAAGUAAGUUGAUGUGUUGUUGUGUUGUGUUGUGUUUUUGUUGUGUUGUUGUGUUGUAUUCUGUUGUUGUGUUGUAUUGUGUUGUGUUGUGUGUAUUGUAUUGUGUUGUUGUGUUGUGUUGUGUUGUUUUGUAGUGUGUUGUGUUGUUGUAUUGUUGUGUUGUGUUGUUGUGUUGUGUUUUUGUUGUGUUGUUGUGUUGUAUUAUGUUGUUGUGUUGUAUUGUGUUGUGUUGUGUGUAUUGUAUUGUGUUGUUGUGUUGUGUUGUGUUGUUUUGUAGUGUGUUGUGUUGUUGUAUUGUUGUGUUGUGUUGUUGUAUUGUGUUGUGUUUUUGUAUUGUUGUGUUGUGUUGUUGUAUUGUGUUGUGUUGUUUUGUUGUAUUGUGUUGUUGUGUUGUGUUAUUGUGUUGUAUUGUGUUGUUAUGUUGUGUUGUAUUGUGUUGUUGUGUUAUUGUGUUGUGUUGUUGUGUUGUAUUGUGUUGUUGUGUUAUUUUGUUGUGUUGUUG